GUAUUUUUAUUUAUUUAUAUUUUAAACUAGGGUCAGACAUUGGUGAUACUAGUGAUGUGGGAUCUAUAGUUGGAGGAAUAUUUGGUGCUAUUAUUAUUAUAGUUAUUAUUAUAUUAGUGGUACUGUUUCUUUACAAGAGAAGGAAUAAGUCUCCUACAUCACCAACAACAGAUAAGAAAAUGUCUAUACAAACUGUUACACCACAAUAUGAUGUUAUUGAUGGUCCUGGAACAAUUAAUAAUCGUAAAGAUACCAGUGGAUAUGAUGAAAUAGAAUUAGACAAUAAACCAAAAGUACAAGCCACUGCUACACAUCUAAACCCGCCAGCCAUUAACAAUCGUAAUGGUGAAAUGGAAUUUGGUCAAAAACCAAAAAUCCAAACAACUGAUAAUUAUGAUCAUGUCGGGGAUGAUAAACUGAAAGUAAAAUCUCAAAAAGAUCUUGAUAACUAUAAUCAUAUCGGAACUUACCAUCAUUCUGUACAUGAAGAUAACUACAAUCAUAUCGGAAACAAUUUGUCUCUAAGAUCUAAUCAUCUUGAUGCAGAUUAUAACCAUAUUAACGGAUUGCCUGGUACUUCCAAUGGUGAAGAUGAUUACAAUCAUAUUGGUGAUAAUGAUAACAAUAAU